UGAAAUUAGGAGGAAGGAAUAAGGCGGAUACCGGUGCCCAUACUCUCUCUUUCUCGCUCACUCCCGCUCCCUCGCUCUCUCAUGCAGUUUUGAAGAAGACGCCCCCCCCCCCCCUUUGCACCUGUUCUGCUUCGUCUUCUCGCCGUCUCGCAGGAGUUGAGCCUCUUGUGAGUGAGCGGACGUCGCUACUCAUUGUUAGAUAGACGGUGUUUUGAGUAUGACUUCAGCGUUCAACCUAAAUUUCCACCCGUCCACUCUCACAAUCAACGGCAGCAAGAUGAACGGGUCGUUGGAGCAUAUGGACCAGCCAGACCCAGACACCAUCAAGAUGUUUGUGGGACAGAUCCCGCGCGCCUGGUCAGAAACAGAACUAAAAGAGCUUUUUGAGCCCUUUGGAGCUGUGCACCAGAUCAACAUCCUCCGUGAUCGCACCCAGAAUCCCCCUCAAAGCAAAGGAUGCUGUUUUGUAACUUUUUACACAAGAAAAGCUGCACUGGAGGCCCAGAAUGCACUGCACAACAUAAAGACCUUAAGUGGGAUGCAUCAUCCUAUCCAGAUGAAACCCGCUGACAGUGAGAAAACAAGUGCGGUAGAAGACAGAAAACUCUUUGUCGGAAUGGUUUCAAAGAAAUACGGCGAGAACGAGGUCAGAAUGAUGUUCUCAUCUUUCGGACAGAUCGAAGAGUGCAGAAUUCUCCGGGGACCAGAUGGUCAGAGCAGAGGCUGUGCGUUUGUCACAUUUGCUACCAGGUCAAUGGCACAGAAUGCAAUCAAAACCAUGCAUCACUCUCAGACUAUGGAGGGCUGUUCCUCACCCUUGGUGGUGAAGUUUGCCGACACACAGAGAGAUAAGGAGCAGCGGCGCCUGCAGCAGCAGCUAGUACAGCAGAUUCAGCAGCUCAACAGCGCCUCCACCUGGGGAAACCUGGCUGGCCUGGGGACCCUCACACCGCAGUACCUGGCUUUACUCCAGCAGGCCACAUCUACCAGUAACCAAGGCAGUUUCAAUGGUAUUCAGAGGCUAGGAGGUGUGAAUCCCCUUCAGCUGCAGAACUUAGCCACAUUGGCUGCUGCUGCAGCUGCAGCUCAGAGUUCUGGCAGCCCGACUACCACCAGCGCACUGUCUGCAAACAGUGGAGCCCUGGGAGCUCUGGGCAGUCCAGCCGGUUCAGCAGCAGGGUCCAGUGCCGGUGCAGCCAUGAACACCUUGGCAUCUCUGGGCACCCUGCAGGGUCUCACUGGGACUUCUAUGGGCCUCAACAACCUUAACGCUCUCACCAGCAGCGUCGGUGGUAUGGGGGCCAUGAAUGGAGGCCUGGGAGCCUCCAUGGCCAACGGGUCAGCAGCCAGCUCCAUGGACGCUCUGACCCAGGCCUACUCAGGGAUGCAGCAGUACACAGCCUCCGCCCUGCCCUCCCUCUACGGCCAGUCUCUCCUUCAGCAGAGCAUUGCCGGCAGCCAGAAGGAAGUAGGGCCAGAGGGCGCCAACCUGUUCAUCUACCACCUGCCCCAGGAGUUUGGGGAUCAGGAUCUUCUGCAGAUGUUCAUGCCUUUUGGAAAUGUGGUCUCUGCCAAAGUCUUCAUUGACAAACAGACCAAUCUGAGCAAGUGCUUUGGGUUCGUCAGCUAUGACAAUCCUGUGUCUGCGCAAGCUGCCAUCCAGGCCAUGAAUGGUUUCCAGAUCGGAAUGAAGAGGCUGAAGGUUCAGCUGAAGCGCUCCAAGAACGACAGCAAACCCUACUGAUCCUAGCCCCGGGGCCGUCCCCCCUCCCCAGCUCUAAUGCUAGCACUGCUAGGGUAAGUUCACCCUCCAGCCAAGGUCACCACAGCAGAGACUCAGUGGGGCAGGGGAAAGGAGCCCACCACAGGAGGGAGACUUACCCUAUUCCUAAAAAAUGGUUGCAAUGAGCGUUCCACAUUUUACUGUAUUUCAUUCCUGCGGUUUUCUCAUGUAAUUUGAGUCGGAUUAAAUAUUUUAAUGUAUAUGAUUAUUUAUGACUAUCACUGGAGUCAGUGUUCGCUGGAGGUAUUUUGUGUCACUGUAUUUAGUGGAGAGCAUCAGGUGUGUUUCCAUGCCAUUUCAUUGCCUUCAGGUCAAGCUAGACAGGUUGACUAAGGAUCAGUUGUUGUGUUGAAGGGCUGAAGCCAGGCCACGUAGACCCCUGAGCCCAGAGCUUCAACCUGUGUUUGGCUUUUUACAUGUAGUCUGUCACAUUUGUGUCAUCCUUAAUGUGAAAAUCUUUUGCACUCUAAAUUCCUCAAUCUUUGUUCCCCUCAUCUCUCUCACUUUUUCUCUCCCCUCUCUGUCGUAUCAUUAUCUAAGCCAUGUUGAGCUAGGCUACCUCUCUUUCUCUAUUAACAACCUCUUCCAGUCAUUCCAUCCAUCCUCCAAGUCUCUCCCACAAGGGACUGGCUCUAGAUGGAUCUCUUUUGGGUGCCAAGUAUACAGUUUGUGCAUGUUGGAGUCUCUGCCAUAUGUCCUGGUGGUGUCACUUCCUUAAAUCUGUGUAUUGUUUUUGUGUGUCGGGAGAGAUGGGGGGGAGAUGUUUACCGCACUGUCCUUACUGUAUGUGGUGAUUGGCAUUGUUUUUGUUGGUUUUUGUGCCUCAUGGCUAAACGAUUCUUGUGCUGUGCCCCUAACUUUCUCUUCUCUCCUCUUUGUCUUCUCUCUCUUCCUUUCGUGUUUUUGUUCCUUUUUUAGAACAAAUCUCCAUGCCUGUUUGCUCAUCAUUAGCCUAGCAUGUCUUCAUGAUGUUGAAAGCCAAGCCAAACUCCUGGCCUCAUCAUCCCACCAUUGUCUGUGAUGUCUCUCUAAGCUCGCCUGACCAAUACCUGGCCACCCACUGACCCUUGACCUUAGCUCAACCUGAUUUUCUGCAUGUAUAUUAAUUUUUUGUUUUUUCUGUAUAGAUAUGUGACAGGUGGGAGAGAGGUCAAGCAAAUCAAUGUGAAAACUUACCUAUGUUGAAUUCAGUUA